GCGCAUUGGGCUGAUGUGAAUUUUCCAGCAGUUGAGGAGGCGUAGGUAGCCGCGGCUAGCACUUGAUGAAGUUUGGGGUGAGAAGAAUCACAGCAACUUCUUUGGGUCUUCAAGAUGAGUGACCUUUAACUCUGCAAAUGCUUGAAUCAAGGGAAGGAAUAGACUCAACCCCCAAAUACAAAUAUCGGUCUUUUAGACUGGAAACUAGUCGGGCUAGGAGCCAGUACCAGCAAUGCCUGUAAGAAAGCAUCCCUUCAGGCUGCAGCCUAGCUACGCCAGUUGAAAUCAACGACCACUACAUGCGUCUCUUGUCCAGAGGAUGUGCUGCUGAUUGCACGCAACAUCUCACCCCCCACCAAAACGUGAUUAACGUUGAGUGUGAGCCAGUGUGCAGAGUGAAUAAUGGUGGCAAAAAAUGGUGCUUGAAUUAAACAUCCUGGUGCAGUGUGUGCCAAAAGGGGCGAGGUUUCCAAAAAGUCUAACAGCCGACUGAUAGUCUGCUGCCGAAAAAUGGAUGCCAAGUUAAAAGAAGACCUGUUCCGGAGGUACGUGACGGCACUAGAGAGGCGCCUGGAGGAGGGAGGGGAAUACUCUGGGAUUGGAAAUGCACCAGAGUGGGACAAAAGCAGAUACAAGGACAGUGAGUCUCUGCUCUCCACAGCCACGGCACUGCUCGGAGCCUACCAACCAGAUCCGGCACAACGUUUCCACAUGGUGCGUUUCUACGAAUUGGUGGAGAACUCGCUCCGCUGCCAGAGAGGGAGCAACCUCAGGAGCCUGGAGAGAGCCUUCCGUACCCUGGAAACCAUCUGUACCAACCUCCUGCUCUUCCCUUGGAAGAAGGAGUUCAGAUGUAUAAAGACCUUCACUGGCCCAUACGUGUACCAUCUGCAGUCAGCCAUUGCCGAAGCUGAACUCCGCUCCCUAAUGCGCACCAUUGGCUACACAUGUGACCAUGAUUUGCAGUUCCAUUUGCAGGAGCACCCAGGAGGAGCGAAUCAUCUCCGCCAGUUGGCGUUUGAGCUCUUCCUGGCCCAGGCAGAGUGUCGCCUUCUGGGAGAGGUAGUGGCUCUAGCCCGUGGCUCAGCCUCCGAGCUGGAGGCCCUGGAGCUUCGCAGAGGCUGCAGGGACGACGCGGCUGGCUGUGCAGAGGCGCUCCGCAGACGUGACAGCCUCGGGGCGGAUAUGGUCCGGCUGUCUGUACGGCCGCUGGAUAUAGAGAGGCCUCACGCUCACCACCUCAGGCGAGGAAGCCGACCGUCGAAGUCUGUGGAUGUUACAGAUGGAGCUGGUCAUUGGCACGCAGCAGUUAGCAAGCCUGUCUUAAAGGCCUCAUUGAGCUUGAGGAAGGAGCCUCUGUUUGUGGAUGCAGAGGAGGAUAUGAAGGAUGAGAUCCUCAGGCCCAGCAACUCAGCAUCUCUCUGCUCUGUGGUUGCUCCACCUUCCUUCAGCCCGGUCGCAGAUUUCUUUCCAAUUCAGUCACCUCCUCCGGCUGAUGUUUACACUUCCUACCACCUGUCGUCUUUGGAUGAGAUUGACUUGUACACUGAGCGGGGAGGCGCCGGGACAGGAGGACGACAGACUCCCUCCCGACCUCCGUCCAGAGAGCCUCGGGAUGCAAGGGACGGCUGGCUGCUCAAAGCCCAUGGCAGCGUGAAGUGUCAGGGUUGCGGACUUGGCUGCUCAUCUAUGGCAUCCUGCCAGAGGUGUGACAUGAUCCUCUGUGCCGCCUGUCACGAUGUGGACCCCUCCCCCUGCUGUGGCCUCCAGGACUACCACCCCAAAUCCCCACGCCCUCUGGACGGAUACAUCCCUGUCAAGGACAAGCUCUCCGUCUACUCCAACACCCACUCGCACUCUCAUCUCCACCCGCACCCCCUCACACUGACUCACUCGCACUCUCACCCCCACCCUCAGCCCCAGAUGGUGGAGAAGCCCCUCUUGUCCACGAAGCUGUUUCCAAGCAAAUCCGUCGCCUUGACAACACCGAAGGGAGGUAGCAGCGAGCGAAUGAGCAUGGGGGGAUCGCGGUGCGGGUUCUGCAACAAGCCAGGUGCAUCGCACACCUGCGUGAACUGCUCCAAGGUGUCAUGUGACUCAUGCAUGGGCCUGUACGCGAAGGAUAUCUGCACACGAAAGAAUCCCCAGCACAGCUUUGUGCCCAACCAUCAGCUCAACUUCAAAUCUGGCACUAUAUCUCACCUGGUGUACCGAUGAAUCAAGCAGACAGAUUUCUUUUCUUUCUCCCUUAAACCCAUGGUGUAGUGUUAGUACACUUACACUUUUGCUUUCAGCUCCAUCACCAUAACUCAUUCACCAUCUUGCCCUUUAUCUGAUGGACUUUUUUUUGCUCUCUCAUAACAGUCUCUUGAACUUUGUACAUUUUCUCUUACUAUCAGUAGGACUCUGGUAUGCACAUGCCACAGAGAGCCAUAUCGCGUGCCCAUCUCUCUGCCUUGUACAAGUUCAGGCCUUUUAUAUCUAUUUCUUCUUCCUUCUUCCUGUACCUGCUCUUGAGUAGUCAUGUGAUGUUGUAGCGCUUCCCAAAUCCUUCAAAUUUUUGUCCGUUUUAAAAGGGAAUCUAGGUGAAAAAAAAGAAUUUUUAUGUCGUCUCAUCUUGAAUGAAUUCCGUCCAAAUGAACAUAUUUACUUUGCCUAACUUCUCAGCUAAAGAUUCCUCUAAUAUAUAAAUAAGUAUAUAUAUAUAAAUAUAUAUAUAUAAAUAUAUACGCACACAAUAUGUGUGUGUGAGAGUGUGUGUGAGAGUGAGUGAAAAUGUGCGUGUGUGUAGAAAAGACGGAGCUUGCAUUAUGACAAAGCAGAUCUUUUUAAACUUGAAAAUAGUAAGGAAAAAAACAGAUAAAACAUACACUGGAAGUCAGUAAAGUGGAUAGUAUAUAUUUUUUAAUCUAUUCUCCAGAACAAUGUGAGACUGUUAAAUGGGCAUGAGGUCUGACAUCAGUGUUUUGGGAUAUGAACUUGUGUUUCUUGGGGUUCGGGGAGGGCAAUAUCUCUACGGGACAUGUUCAGGUCAGACACCAUAUAUUCUAUUUAAAUGAUCAUGCUUUUGUAAAUCAACCCCUCUAUACUUUGUGGUUAUAUGGACUGAGGUUAAAAAAACAACAACGCUGCUCUUGACUUGGGAUAUUGAAGAAUUGCGGUGUGUUGGCUUUAUUCUGAUAAGUAGAUUGUUGAGUUGUGUCAUUUCCAAGCCCCUCCCCCUUACCCCCCCGCUUUCAUCACACUACUCCAGCCUCCGUGUACCGUGAUGUUGCAGCUCCCCUCUUAUUCUAGGUCGGUGGUUUCCCAGUCAGUCUCAGGUGGUGUCACACACAGGAAGUCUCACGCUGGGCAACGAAUCAAGCAGUUGCAAUUCUUGAAUAGUGUGCGACGAGCUGAUUGGUUUUUAGACAGUAUGAGAGUGUGGUCUCAGACACGGUUUCUGUCUACCUCAAAUGGCUUUAGCAUAUAAUGCGGUUUUAGCCCCAAAAGCCUAUGAAACACUAUUUAUGACAUUCUUCUCCGAUAUGCCAUUUGUUUGGAAAAUAUCUUACAAUCGACUGAUUUAGCUUCUGAAAGAUGAGCAGAGGUUAUUUAUCUUGUGACGAUACCUGACUGUCACAAAGACCCUGUGCUGUAGGCGGUCGUAGUUUGAUUUGGUGAACACGAGAACACGAACACCUAGAGUUUGUAUUGCGUAACUAAGUAGAAUCGAGCGAUAAUGAAUUACGACUGCAUCUGAUGAUUAUUUUCAUUGCGUAUUGAGUUUGAUUAAGUUAUUGUUCGGUUAAAAAUUUAAUUUUUCACCAUUAAGCUGUAAUCAAAAAAUCUGUUCUUAUUGAAAAACACGAACACUAAACUCUAUUUUCAUGUUGGUUGAUCACAUAUUACUAUAAAUUGUUUGCUCAUUCAACAGAAAGCCUAAAAUGUCGCCUCUGGCAUCUUAAAAUUAGACAUUAAACAUUGUGGCUUCAACACAAAAGUACAUAUGAAAUUGUUAUUGUGCUGCAUUUCACAGAUAUUUCUUUUUGUUGCACCCACUGAUAAAAUUUCAAGAAUUUACAGCAUUAUAUUUGUGUAGUUUGAAGACACUGACCAUUUUCACUUUGAGGCCUUUUAAGUAAGUGGAGGCUUUGGUUCAAACGAGUUUCCUCAAUCCGGUUAUUUGCUGCUGUUAUUUCCUUUAUACGAUGAGUUGGUUUAUUUCAAAGGGUUUGGGGACAUUGAAGGUUAAGAAGCGGCAAUUCAAACAAAUUGACAGAGUCAUUAGUCUAAGUAUUUAGCAGUUGAGUGCCAUUAAGGGCUGACUUAAGGUCACAUCUCUCUAAAUUAUUGUUUGAGUCACGUUGGUUUUCACUGACUGCUCUGUCGCUUCUAUGUUCUGUCAGGAAAACUCUUGUAAUGCCUUAAACUCGUUUAGCCGUCUUGUAUUUCUUUUUGGUAUCAUGUUACCAGCCUGUUGAUUCAGCAUUAACAUGAUUUUGACUGGCUACACAAACACAUAUUGUACAUAGCCUGUUUGUUGACAGCUAAGGAAAUAAUUCUGACUAAUUCAGAGAACACAUACAACCAGUACAUGGGGUUUUCUAAGAUGACGCAUAUUUAACCAGGUGUAUUAUCAGAAUUAUGCAGCAACACACGAUAAGCUUUAGGGACUCAAUGUCACCUUUUUGUGUCCAAUACUGACACUGAUAUUAAGCCCAAAACAGUCUUUAAACGACUUAGCUGACAUGCAUUUGAUACUGGUCAAAAUCACUGGAUCGGAUAUCAGACGGAUAAAAGAUUUAAGGUCCGACACAAUUCAAAAAUCCCAUAUAUCGCAUGCUUCAUGAUGCACAGACUGUGAAAAUGUAAAUUAUAAUUCAGCAACAGCAUUUUAGCUUAGUUGAAAAAGCCUAAAAUGACUGGUAUCGGUAGACACUUGAGUUUGUGAUAUCACUCGAGUUUGUGAUAUCGUGCCAUCCCUAGCUAUAACCAACCAUUUCAAAAAACAGUGCUUCAACUGUGUGGCAGACAUUCGCUGUCCUCAUGUUCUUUCUUUACAGCAUGUUACCUGUCAUAUUUCCAGUUUACACAUCCUGUCAGACUUUAUUUUUAUUGUACAGUAUCAGAUCCAGUGAUAUUUGUCCUGCAUUGGACGAUACCAAUACUGAAUCUAGUUUUGACCCAUUCCUAAUUAUAGGGAUAUAAUGCCUGUAAUAAUACAAUAUAAAUAAGCUUAUUUAAUUAUGCAUCUUAAUUUUUAAACAACAUAAAUAAGGGAUGUUUUGACACUUACCCAUUUGGAUGCAGAGUUAAGGGUCAUGUGAAUGAUCUUGAGGGACCCCCCAUUGUUUCAUCCAGCGAAGCCUUUUUGGAGUUGUUUUUUGUAAUAUCUAUCGCAGAUGUGCACUGUAUUAGUUGCCUGACUGUUCAUUGCAAAUCAUACCAGCAACAAAGACGACCUCCAUAAUGUCAUUGAGCCAUGUCGCAAGAGUGAUCGCAUUGCCAAAUGAAGAACAAAUACCUUAUCGGAGUAGAAAGCAGAAUCUUGGUUAAACUGGAUGAUGUACAGUUCAUAUAAUGAUAAUGAUGUGUGGUUUUGCUGAGGUUCAGGAAGCCAGGACAGAAUGUCAGAUGAACAAACCGGUCAUUUGUACAGGUCACUACAAAGGGCUAAGCAGUGUUCAGGGCUGCUGCUAAGUUUGUGGGCACUGUUUUAAUCCUGUGGUGAACAAAUUGUUAUUCGUCUAUAUCUAACGUGAACUCAUGUGAUGUUCAUCUGUGGUGAUGAAUUUGGGAAGAGCGAAAGAGACAUGUUUUUUUUUUUUUUUUUCUUUAUUAUUUUGUGUCCUGGAAUUAACACAUUGAGCCAUUUGAACACAAUCGGUUAAAACCCAGACACCGAAAACACUCCAAGUCUUUGUGGAAGUCAAUGCUCCCUUUACCUCUUUGUGCGGUUACUGAUAUUGAUAGUGAUGGUGUAGUUAGGCAGCCCCCCUUUACCAUCCCGUUUCCCCUCCUGUUUCUUGGCAUGCUCUGUCUGUACAAGGCCCAAAACCCCUCAACCCUACACAAACAUCACCUCACCCAUUGCCUCUCUCUCUCUCCCCCGCUCCUUCCCUCCCUCUACCUUGGCACUGAGGAUCAUUGCACAAUGUCUAUGUAAAGAGGUAUGAAACGUACUAUCAAUAUGUGGACAUAUGUGGGGUUGGAAAGGGAAAAUAGCCAAAAUUGUUAAUUGGUGAAAUAUAUGAGAUUUUAUAAAAUAAUUUAAAGAAUAAAAUUCUAGAAAAAAACUACA